UCUCUCUCUCUUCUUUUGGUCGGAAAAGCGCCGUUCGAGGGCGGAGAUGGACCAGGUCAACGGCUUCGUCGGAGGAUUAGGGGGAGAGGCGGGGGCAGAGAGGAGGCCGAAGACGAAGAUCGUCUGCACCCUCGGCCCCGCGUCCAGGUCCGUGCCCAUGGUCGAGAAGCUCCUGCGGGCCGGCAUGAACGUCGCUCGCUUCAACUUCUCCCACGGCUCCCACGAGUACCACCAGGAGACGCUCGACAACCUCCGCCAGGCCAUGGACAACACCGGUAUCCUCUGCGCCGUCAUGCUCGAUACCAAGGGGCCAGAGAUUCGAACUGGAUUUCUGAAGGAUGGCAAGCCCAUACAAUUGAAGCAGGGUCAUGAGAUCAUGAUAUCUACUGACUAUAGUAUGAAGGGGGAUGAGAAUAUGAUUUGCAUGAGCUACAAAAAGUUGGCUGAGGAUCUAAAGCCCGGAAGUGUCAUUCUUUGCGCUGAUGGGACAAUCUCAUUUACUGUAUUGUCCUGUGACAAAGAACAGGGUUUAGUUCAUUGUCGCUGUGAGAACUCUGCAGUUCUCGGUGAGAGAAAGAAUGUGAAUCUUCCUGGUGUUAUCGUGGACCUUCCAACAUUGACCGAGAAAGACAAAGAAGAUAUCUUGCAAUGGGGUGUUCCCAAUAACAUUGACAUGAUUGCUCUUUCCUUCGUUAGGAAAGGUUCAGACCUUGUGGAGGUACGGAAGUUGCUUGGAAAGCACUCGAAGAGCAUUCUUCUUAUGUCAAAGGUCGAGAAUCAAGAAGGUGUUGCAAAUUUCGAUGACAUUCUUGCAAAUUCUGAUGCAUUUAUGGUGGCUCGUGGUGACCUUGGCAUGGAAAUCCCAAUUGAGAAGAUAUUCCUUGCGCAAAAAGUGAUGAUCUACAAGUGCAACAUUCAAGGUAAGCCGGUGGUCACAGCCACACAGAUGCUUGAAUCCAUGAUAAAAUCACCCCGGCCGACGAGAGCGGAAGCUACUGAUGUUGCUAAUGCCGUCCUUGAUGGCAGCGACUGUGUGAUGCUAAGUGGUGAAACGGCUGCAGGAGCUUAUCCAGAUCUUGCAGUUCGCACUAUGGCAAAAAUUUGCUUAGAAGCAGAGAGCACUAUUAACUAUGGAGAUGUUUUUAAACGGAUAAUGGAACACUCACCAGUUCCCAUGAGCCCAUUGGAGAGCCUGGCUUCUUCUGCUGUUAGAACUGCCAACUCUGCUAGAGCAGCUCUUAUACUGGUUCUUACUAGAGGAGGAAGUACUGCAAAACUGGUGGCUAAGUACAGGCCAGGCAUGCCCAUAUUGUCAGUUGUUGUCCCUGAGAUCAUCACAACAGAUUCAUUCGACUGGUUGUGCAGUGACGAGGCUCCAGCAAGGCAUAGCCUUAUAUUCAGGGGGUUGGUGCCUGUUUUAUGUGCAGGAUCUUCCAGGGCUUCUUCUGCAGAAACUACAGAAGAAGCCAUUGAGUUUGCACUUCAGCUCGCCAAGGCUAAAGGACUGUGCAAGAAUGGAGAUUCCGUGGUGGCUCUGCAUCGUGUUGGAAAUGCUUCAGUGAUCAAGAUCUUGACUGUGAAAUAGUGGGUGGCACGGCAAUGUUCAAUUUUGCAUUUUCUUGCGAUUUUUGAGAAAGGAUCUUUACUCUGGAAUAUCUAGAGAUAGUAGUCGAUACUGCUUUGUGUGAUUCCUUAUUGGAGUAUCAUAAUCUCAAAAUGUUAUGGUGAAACACAAGAUGCUCAGACUUGUGAAUGAAUUAUUUUUGGAGACUUUCUGCUAUAUUUCAGAUGGGGUCCAUCUGUUUGAUGAAGAACAUGGGAUCCUAUUGUUUGUCAACUGUUCUCUUUUUAUUGUAGUAGGAUUCCACUAGCGUCAGUUUA